AUGCAGUGGAGUUUUAGUAAGAAGCUGGUGGCGAUGUCACUGCUGCUUGCAGUGAUCGUCGUUGCCUCGGGCAAAUCGAUCGACAAGGUGCGCCGUAUGCCACCGGGUAUCGAUCGUAUGUUUGCUCGCAUUGAUGGCAUCCGCCCACCGAAGGGAUACGUCUCGCAGAGUCCGCGUACCGUCGAGGGCCGCUUUACGGCCAAGGUGGAUCAUUUCAAUCCUCAGAGCCGCGAUACGUUCGAGUUCAGCUACCUGCACAACGACCAGUACUACCGCGAGGGUGGUCCACUGUUUGUGGUCGUUGGUGGCCGCCAACCGAUCAGUCCGUACUUCAUAGAGAAUAGUCAUUUCCGCGACGUGGCCGCACAGCAGGGUGCCUGGUUGGCUACCUUCGAGCAUCGUUACUUCGGAUCCAGCGUUCCCACUGAGAAUCUUUCGACGGAGAACCUGCGCUUCCUGCAGACCGAGCAGGUCCUCACAGAUCUGAUCGAAUGGAUUGAUUUCCUGCGGCGUGAGGUGAUGGGAGAUCCGAACGCUCGUGUCAUCUUGAACGGAGUAGGCUAUACCGGUACGCUCGCCUCGUGGGCUCGUCAACGAUUUCCGAACAUCAUCGAUGGAGCAUGGGCCUCGAGUGCGCCAGUGAGAGCUGCCGUUAGCUUCCCAGAGUUCUCUCAGGACGUCGGUAACAUUAUCCGCACCAAGGGUAGCGACGCGUGCUACAACCGCAUCUUCCAGGCGUUCAACACGAUCGAGAACCUGCUGAAUGCUGGUCGGGUUGAGAUGGUGUCGCGGAUGUUCAACACCUGCGAUCCGAUCAACGUGGACGAUUCGCUGGAGGUGCAGCUGUUCUUCUACGACAUGAUGCAAUCAGUGAAUGCUGGCAUUUUGCAGGCCAUCUCUGGUUAUGAAGGUGUUGGCCUGGUGUGCGGAGCCCUGGCCGAGUUCCUCAACCAGACCUACAGCGGAGUCCGCGAGUGCUUCGAUCUGUCGUUCGAAAACUUCGUUCAAUACGCGAUCGAUGAGGACAUUGAUGCUCCCCAGAAUCGGGAAUAUGGUCUACGCCAGACGGCCUAUCACGAUUGCACUGAAUUCGGUCACUUUCCGACCGCCGAUACGCCAGACCAGCCGUUCGGUAACCGUGUCACAUACGAUCUUCUAUUGGCCGAAUGUCAGGCCGCAUUCGGUGACUGGCUAGUCCGAGAUGUAGUCCACGAUGGUGUCCGCCUGACUAACUUCCACUUCGGUGCGACCGAUCCGCGCACCACCAACGUUCUCUACACCAACGGUGCUCUCGAUCCGUUCCGUCAUCUGUCCAUCACAUCGUACCAGAACCUACUAUCCAACGCCCGUGUCACUCCGGGGGCUUUCUACGGUGAGGAUAUCUUUUCCAUCUCUGGCUACGACUCGGAGGAACUGCUCGAGACCAAGCACAUGGCUGAACAGUAUAUUUCCACCUGGCUCGGUUCUCCUAUUAGUCCCUUGCGGAGGUAG